AUGUCAAUCCUCGGGUUUGCGCUCCCUUUUCUUCGGCCCUUUCUGGGGCCCUAUUUUGGCUUCAUCAUCGAUACUUAUGCCUCUGUCAUGAUGAUUCUCUUUUUUCUCGGUUUUCCUUCGAUACGCGAGCGACUUGUGCGAGUAUUGCUAAGGGAUGAACCCUUCUUCAUUCCCGGACUUGGGCCCCUGUUCGUUCGCUAUGUGAUCCCGCGUGCCCGGCGAUGGAUGGGUAGCCUUGGCAGCUCAAAUGAUUUCCAGGUCGUCAUUGUUUUCUUCCGUAUCGGCCGCACCGCCUGCAAGGCAAUCUAUGCUUUCUUUGUCCGUGCUUCAAACCGGGAACAGUACACGUACAUGCCUCUGUCGAAUAGCUCUGACAGUAGUGAAAUCCGCCUGAUUAAGCUGCACCCCGGUUCUGGCGAUGACCCUCUCCGAGUUGACAUCUUACAUGCUUCAUUGGAUUCGAAUCUAGUCGGAAAGUAUGAAGCAGUCUCGUACGCUUGGGAGGAUGGUCAUGCAACAAAGAAACUAGAAACACAGCGCGGUGCUCUUCUUAUCACGCCUUCUCUGUUUUACGCAUUGCAUCGAUUUCGGUUGAAAGAAGAAUCUCGUAUGCUCUGGGCGGAUGCGGUGUGUAUCAACCAGUCAGACAGCGCGGAGAAAGCGAGCCAGGUGGCAUUGAUGAAUGAGAUCUAUGCAUUUGCUGGCUGUACACUGGUGUAUUUGGGCCGCGAAGCCGAUGGAAGCGAGAUGGUCGGAAACCUGUUACUUCAAUUUGCUAGGGCUAGUUCGUCUCUCUAUCGCUUAUACGGUAGACAUGCAAUGGAGGCAUUGAGACAUGUUGGAAUGAUCCAACCUCCUAUUAGGGAGGUAUUCGACAAAUAUCAGCUUCCCGGCCUAGAGAAUCCUGUGUGGAAAGCGUUAGCCAAGCUCUGGGGGAGGCCGUGGUUUCGGCGCGUGUGGGUAAUUCAGGAAUUUGUCCUCUCCCCGGAUGUCCGCAUCUUCUGUGGUGAAUGGGAGGUCAGUUGGUCAGUAUUCUACGUCGCUACGAUCGACGCAUACAUGACUUUCUCCUUCUCGGUUGUUCCAGAUAUACCGAACGCAUUCAAUGACGCAGCAACGCACAUGGGAACGCAAGCUAUGCACAUGAUGUGCGAGUACCGGCGAUCUGCACUCUUACACACUUUACGCGUUUCAGAUGAUGAUAGUAUGCGAAUGUUGAUCAUAAAUCCUGGAACAAUGGUAUUUGAGGAACAAGAGGAGUUCAACUUGGCGAGAAAGAUGGAUCCGAAACUGAGACUACGGCUCGAAGUACCUCUUCUUGAUCUCUUCGCGCUAUGUGACAGGAGCAAAGCUACCAGAGCUCGCGAUCAUUUGUUCGCGGUAUUUGGUCUGUCCAGCGCGAAUGAAGACGAACUUUUCCACGCAGACUACUCUUGUACAUUUGACGAGAUAGUUAGGCGCUUCGGCAAAGCGUUUGUACGCAGGGGCCAGUGUAUGGACCUCUUAUACCAAGCCCGGUUGAACAUUCAAUCCUCGCGGUUUCCAUCCUGGAUCCCUGAUUGGACCACCAAGUUCGCCUCCGCGGGCGACGAAAUUGAUUACGACAGCUUGGGCCUGAACAGUGGCGGGCUGUAUGCCGCUGCUGGCGAUACUCAGUGCGUACCGUGGGUUAGUGAUGACCCAAAGGACGAUUGCCUUACAGUUCGAGGAAGGUUCGUCGACAAGUUGAGCUGGGUCGGCGGUGGCCACGUCAAACACGGCCCCAUACAUGGCCUGAUAUAUCGUCUUAAACAAUCUCAUGACAUUAUUGCAGAACUUGAAGAAGCUUCUGAUUAUUAUUUGACUGGCGAGUCACUUAAAGAUGUAUGGUGGCGGAUGCUGGUGGCAAACAAGACGAAGCAAUUCGGCCCCGUGUCUUCAGAUUUUGGAUCCGGACUAGGUUCCAGAUGGCAUGUAAUGCCCGCCCUAUGCAAUUGGCUAUUAUCAUCGCCUGCCGAGGAAGCCAAGGAACAACUUGUCGCACUUAUAGGCCUUCCGUAUUACAAGGCCUUAUACUCUUGUUACACUUUGUACCAGAUUGGGAAGACGGAGAAGGGAAUGCUUGGUCUCGUGCCGCUCCUGGCAGAAGCUGGUGAUGAGAUAUACGUCCUCAAUGGCGGUGCAGUGCCAUUUGUUUUGAGAAAAGGGAAGCGACUGCUGAAUGGACGUCGGUUAGUAGGAGAAUGUUAUAUCCACGGACUUAUGAACGGCGAGGCGAUACAGGGCGAAUAUGACGAGAGAGAUGUCAGAUUAUACUGA